AUGUGGGUCCGCCAUCUCGACGAGGACUCGACGCGGUUCUACUACCACAACGCCAAGACCGGAGAGACGUCGUGGACGAAACCAGAGGGCUACACAGAGAAGAACGAGCAGGACAGCAACAACACAAACGACGCGUCCGACGACGACGAGUCGCACGUCGACACAAAGCGGCAGCGCACGGCGGGCGACAAUGCAGAAGAGAACCAAGACGGCGACGAUGGCGCCCUGUGGGUCAAGUACAUUGACCCAGUGUCGAAGAAACCAUACUACUCGGACAUGAACUCGGGGCGCACGCGAUGGGAGCAACCGGCGUUUUACACGUCCGACCAAGGCGAAGAUGACGACGAAGUUGAAGAGGACCAACUGGAAGAAGAGUAUGCGUUCGGCGCAGUCGCCGCGCCUGCUUCUCCGAAAGCACCCUCUCCCAAAGCAGCACCACCACCAUCGACCGAGACGCCGACGUUCCUCCGAUAUGUUGAUGCCGCGACCAAAGUCCCGUACUACUUCAACACGGCAACCAAGGAAACGACGUGGGACGUGCCUCCCGACGGCUCCAUCGUUCAAGAUGGCACGACAGCUUCCACCACGACGGACUCCGAUACCUCGACGAGUGCUGGCAGCGCCAAGUACCAAGAAUGGCUCAACAAAGCGUCCACUGUGCCGACUGCAACCCGCGCAGCCGCCGCGGCCGCAUCCUCUCGCAAUGCUGCCGACCCGGUAUCACGUCUCAACUCCAUCUUGGGCGGGUCCUCCGCCGGCAGCGCGUUCCGCUGGCAACAGCAUUACGACCCCAAAACCCAGCGCUACUACUACUUUGACACGAAGACCAACACAACGCAAUGGGAGCCUCCUUCGGACGGAUCCGCCGUCGCCGCUGCUGUCGGGGGCGCGGACUGGGUCCCGGCGACGACCGACGCCGACGCAUCGGUCGUGUCGGCGCAGAGCGACUACACCGUCGCGGCGCACAUGAACUUGCUCAACGGGCGGUUCAGCGGCGCGUCGGGGGACCAGUACUUUCACAAGCAAAACAUCCCGACGGACAAAGCAGGGCGGCAGCUCGCCAACUUCUUCGACUUGACGGCGUUCGAGGCGAAUCGCGCCGAAGCGAAGCGAAUGAAGGAAGCGCUCAAGACGAAAAACAUCGACUGGAAAAAGUACAACGAGGAGAAGAAGCGCAAGCGGCACCGCGUGCGCAACAAGUGGAUGUAUGAGGACUAA